AUGUUUGUCGAACAAUGCGCUGAUUUCUACUUUAUUGAUAAUUGUAGAUCAAUGUCCUCCAACCCCAUUGUCUCUCUUCUUUCUAAUGAGUUGUUAACCCGUGAGAACUUCAUGAAAUGGAAGUCUAAUAUCAACACAGUGUUAAUCGGCAACAACUCAAAAUUCGUGAUGACCGAAACUGAACCUGGCUUUCCCAAAGAGAAUGCCUCGAAGGCCGUGCAGAAGAAGUAUGAAUGUUGGACUGCUGCCAACAACAAGGCCAAGGCCUACAUGCUCGCCAGCAUGUCAGAAACGCUAAGGACUGAGAUGGAGAAUGUCGAAAUUGCUUACAACAUCAUGGAGAAACUUCAAGAAAUGUUUAGGCACAAGUCAGCGCAAGGUAGUUUCAAGGCUACCAAGAAGUAUGUGAAAUGUAGGAUGACACAUCGCCAACAUGCUCGUGAUCAUUUUAUUAAGAUGACAAACUACUUCCAAGAAGCUGAGCUACAUUGA